AUGGCGAACGAACCUCGUGGAGCAUGGGCACGACCCCGUCCAGGCGCAGCACGCACACCACAACAAUCACGAUCCUCAAACGCCUCGCCUGCACCAGCGGCACCAGCUGCAAAACCCGUCCCUUCGCCUGCGCCUACUGGAAACGUGUGGGCAGCUAGAGCGGCGGCGCAGAAAGCUGCCCCUGCUAAAGCUGCUGAUGCUGGCAAGAAGAAGGAACAGAGUGCUCCUGCUGCAACACCUGGAGUGCAAGAGACGCAUGUACCUGUUAACAACUUCAAUGAUGGCGAGGUUAGACAGUUGUUGAGUCGAGGAGGGGCGAGCUCUGUGUACAAGCUUGAUGCACCAAACACUUCAAGUGCAGAUUCAGGUUGCAUGGCGAACGGAAAGAGCUUCAAGGUUCAUUUGGACGAGCAAGUCGCAGCCGCUCUCAAGAAGCAGCAAGAAGAGGAGAAAUAA